AUGUUGGCGAUGGUAAAUAAAGUGCUCGACUGGAUCCGCAGUCUCUUCUGGAAAGAAGAAAUGGAAUUAACAUUGGUCGGACUCCAAAACUCCGGAAAGACCACAUUCGUCAAUGUGAUCGCGAGCGGCCAAUUCACUGAAGACAUGAUUCCAACAGUUGGAUUCAAUAUGCGAAAAAUUACCAAAGGAAAUGUCACAAUCAAGCUCUGGGAUAUCGGAGGCCAGCCGCGUUUCCGUUCGAUGUGGGAGCGCUACUGUCGCGGUGUGAACGCCAUUGUCUUCAUGGUGGAUGCUGCUGACGAAGAGAAGCUUGAAGCUUCUCGCAAUGAGUUGAUGCAGCUUCUUGACAAGCCGCAACUCGACGCAAUUCCAGUUUUGGUGCUCGGAAACAAGCGCGAUUUGCCAGGAGCUCUUGACGAGCGUCAACUAAUCGAGAGAAUGAAUUUGUCGUCUAUUCAAAACCGCGAGAUUUGCUGCUAUUCGAUUUCAUGCAAAGAAAAGGACAACAUUGAUAUUACUCUUCAAUGGCUCAUCGACCAUUCAAGAGCUCAGCGCUAA